AUGUGCGGGAUUCUCUUUGCACUAUCGCCGGGUGGAAUUGAGGGACUCUCAGCUUCGUAUGUACCAUGUCUCCGUGAGCGCAUUUGUGCCCGAGGUCCUGAUGCAUUUGGAAAGUUUCAGCAUAAAAUCGCAGGAUGGAACUUGGAAUAUGAAUGUAGCGUUUUACAUUUGCGAGGGCCGUGUGAUAAUCCAACAAUUCAGCCACAUGUGGAUGACGAUGGCAAUGUACUGUGCUGGAACGGUGAAAUAUGGCAGAUGGGUGGUGAAACAGGAUUCGACUCAUUGGAGUGCUGCAAUGAAAAUGAUGGCUCAAAGCUUUUUAGAAUAUUAAAAGAAAAUGAUCAUGACGUUGAAAGGGUUUUGCGCAUGAUUCAAGGUCCUUUUGCUUUUGUUUAUUAUCAGAAAUCUACAAAUACAUUGUGGUUUGGAAGGGAUCGUCUUGGAAGACGUUCGUUGCUUUACCAUCAAGAACAAGAACGGUUUGUGCUUGCUAGUGUCAGUCAUGGCAAAGACUUUCAGGAAGUGCCACCUGGAUUUUAUGCAUUCACGUUACAAGAUAAUCAUCCUUUGAGUCUUGCUCAACCCUUUCCUUCUUCUUUCAUACCCUUCCAAUUGUUACCCUUAAGCAUUGACAUCCCUACUUUCUCAAAUAUUGAAACUCCUGUGGAUACUUUCUAUGCCCAGUUAAUGGAGUCACUUAAAGACAGGGUUCUUACUAUACCACACAAUAAUAAUCCACAAACAAAAACUGUAGACCCCCGACUGGCAGUACUUUACUCCGGUGGUGUCGAUUGCGGAGUUAUAGCGCGCAUGAUUCAUGAAAUUCUUCCUUCAAGUGAACCGGUUGAUUUAAUUAAUGUCGCUUUCGAAAAUCCUAGAUUCAUGGAUACUUUUGCAACUGUUGACGAUGAUGGUUGUUCCACCUCUGUAUCAGACCCUUACAACGCCUGUCCCGAUAGACAAACCGGUUUACAAGGAUGGAAAGAAUUAAUGACCAUAUGUCCAAGCCGAGUUUGGAAUUUCAUUGCUGUAAACGUUCCUUACACUGAGGCUUCUAAGCAAAAGGAUCUUGUUACAAGCUUAAUAUACCCCAAUGACUCGAUCAUGGAUUUUUCUAUAGGUCUAGCUUUCUAUUUCGCUUCUAAAGGAAAAGGAUUGCUACUACAAUCAUUUGAUGACUUACCAAACAUUUCCACCUGCUCGCCUUAUAAAACCCCUGCCAAGGUAUUGUUUAGUGGUUUAGGAGCCGACGAACAACUGGGCGGAUAUAUGAGGCAUCUUAGAGCUUUUGAAAGAAAGGGCAUGCAAGGGCUUGAUGAGGAAUUGAAGCUUGAUAUUGAACGAAUUCCUCACAGAAAUCUUGGUCGUGAUGACAGAAUCAUGUCAAACCAAGGAAAAGAAGUAAGGUACCCGUUCUUGGAUGAAAGACUUAUGGCUCUACUAAGUAAAAUGCCUACUUCCUCAAAAAUGCGUUUAGAUUUAGCGGGAGGUGAUAAGCUUAUUUUACGAGAAUUGGCUAGAAAAUUACAAAGUCCCCUAGUUGGCCAAGAAAAAAAACGAGCCAUUCAAUUUGGUUCAAAGGCUGCCAAAAUGGAAUCGGGAACUGGUCGCACCUCUGGAAAAAAAAAACUGUAA